AUGUAUCUCAUACGGACUGGUGUUGUUUUGUUUUCCUUAUUUUAUCUGAUAUGUGCAGAAUUUGAGUUCCCUAAAGUUACUCUGCAAGCUCUAACUCCAAAAGGAUUUAGAGCUAUUAUUCCAGCUGAUCCGAAAAUAACAGCGUUCUACAUAGAGGGUGCAUUCUACCGUGAGGCGACAUUCGCUGACGAAUAUGUAGAACAACGCGUGAGAGGUUUCGGUACGAAGCAAGAUCAUGGCUGGGUGUUCGAGGACCCUGAUAUAACAGUCAAGUUGAACAAAUACAUCGAGUAUAAAGUGUUCGUAUCCCUCGGGCAUGGGACCAUAGGACCUAAGGACGAGGAUGGCCUUUCCAGCUUUUCUAUGCGUGGAUAUGCUAGUCCUAAAUUUACGCGAAUGUUAACAGAGUAUGUAGACCCAAUGGCCCACGGUAUCUUGUGUCCCGAGUCGUUAACGAAGGUCCGGGGACGCCGCGUGUGCGCAGGAGAAACAAUAUUUGAGGAUGAUUUCAAUAGCUUCCAAGAAGACAAUUGGCAGAUCUCUCAUUACAUACCUAUAGAUCACCCGGAACAUCCAUUCGUAUCUUACCAACGACUUCAGAAGAAUCCAACAGUUUCAGUUGAAAAUGGAACUCUCCGAAUUUCUCCCAAACUCCAACAAGAUUUAUUUAUGAAUACAAACCAAUCGAUUUUCUCGGGCACUUUGGACUUGACCAGCGGGUGCACGGAGCUACGAAUAUGCUCAAUGUCGUCUAUCGGAGUGGACAUAGUCCCUCCGGUGGUCAGCGGCCGCGUCACCAGCGCUCGCUUUGCGUUCACCUAUGGGACUGUGUAUAUCCGGGCUAAGGUGCCGCAAGGAGACUGGUUGUACCCAGAGAUUCUUCUCGAGCCGCUUUCUAAGAAAUACGGCAACCUGAACUAUGCUUCUGGAGUUUUGAAAGUAGCCAUGGUGCAUGGCAACACAGACAUCAACAACGAGAGAUAUAGCAAUAAUUGGCUUACUGGUGGUCCAAUUAUAAACUCAAGAUGUCGGACUGCACUUGAGUUUUAUCACAAAAAGUUAGAAGGCAAAUUCUGGGGAGAUGACUUCCAUGAAUAUGCUUUGAAAUGGUCACCAGAUGAAAUAGUUCUAUCAGUGGAUGGGGAGGAAUAUGGUCGUUUUCAGCCAGGUUCUACGGGACUCAGGUCCUGGCUGCCGUCUUCCUGCAGAGGUGACUGGUACGACCUCCUCAAUAAUGGUGGUAUCAUGGCACCGUUUGAUGAUCAUUUCUACCUAACCCUUGGUGUCGCGGUCGGAGGUAUCAUAGAGUUUCCCGACGGCCUGACCAUCGGGGAACAAAUAGCGAAGCCGUGGCGCAAUCGCGGCAGGAAGGCCAGCUUCUCCUUCUGGCAGGAUAAGGACAAUUGGCACCCAUCGUGGACUCAGCCUGAUUUGAUUAUAGACUACGUGAAAGUCGUCGCUUUGUGAAUGUUUCAACUAUAGCCCUAUAUCGUCUGUAUCUAUAUGAUAUUCAAUAUAAGCAAAGUAAUGAAAUAAAUGAUUAUGUAAUCA